AUGCCCCUUCCGUGCCUCCUCCCGCUGCUCUGGACUCUUCCGACGCUGCUGCUGCUGCCGCCGCCGUGCCAUCCGGCCCCCGGCCCCCUGACCCAGUCGGGCUCCCGGAGACUGGGGAGCCGCGGGCCCGCGGGCAGCCCUGCACCCGCGGCAUCUCCUCCCGCGCCGUACUCGGCAGGUGUUUGCAAGAGCAGGCCCUUGGACUUGGUGUUUAUCAUCGAUAGUUCUCGCAGCGUCCGGCCCGAGGAGUUCACGAAGGUAAAAACCUUCGUGUCGCGGAUCAUUGACACCCUGGACAUUGGGGAGACUGAGACACGCGUGGCAGUGGUGAACUAUGCGAGCACCGUGAAGAUUGAGUUCCAGCUCCAGACCCACUCGGACAAGCAGUCCCUGAAACAGGCCGUGGCUCGGAUCACGCCCCUCUCCACUGGCACCAUGUCGGGGCUGGCCAUCCAGACAGCCAUGGAGGAAGCUUUCACGGUACAGGCUGGAGCCCGGGGACCCGCUGCCAACAUCCCCAAGGUGGCCAUCAUUGUGACAGACGGUAGACCCCAGGACCAGGUCAACGAGGUGGCGGCUCGGGCCCGGGCCUCUGGCAUCGAGCUCUAUGCUGUGGGGGUAGACCGGGCAGACAGGGAGUCGCUUAGGAUGAUGGCUAGCAAACCCCUGGAGGAGCACGUGUUCUACGUGGAAACUUACGGGGUCAUUGAGAAACUUUCCUCCAGAUUCCAGAAGACCUUCUGUGCUCUGGACCCGUGUGUGCUGGGCACCCACCAGUGCCAACACGUGUGUAUCAGCGACGGGGAGGGCCGGCACCACUGCGAGUGCAGCCAAGGAUACACCCUGAAUGCCGACAGGAAAACGUGCUCAGCUAUCGAUAAGUGUGCUCGCAACACUCACGGCUGUGAACACAUCUGUGUGAAUGACAGAACUGGCUCUUACCAUUGUGAGUGCUACGACGGUUACACCCUGAAUGCAGAUAGGAAAACAUGCUCGGCUCAAGAUAAGUGUGCUGCUGGAGCUCAUGGGUGCCAGCACCUUUGUGUGAAUGACAGAGACGGGUCCCAUCACUGCGAGUGCUACGAGGGCUACGCUCUCAAUGCAGAUAAGAAGACGUGUUCAGUGCGAGACAAGUGUGCUCUGGGCACUCAUGGUUGCCAGCACAUCUGUGUGAGCGAUGGCACGGCGUCCUACCACUGCGAUUGCUUUCCUGGCUACUCCUUGAAUGAAGACCAGAAGACGUGUUCAGCUGUUGAAGAAGUUCGGAGUCCCAUUUCCAUGGAAGAUGCCUGUGGAUGUGAAGCCUCGGUGGCGUUCCAGGAGAAGGUUAGCUCCUAUCUUCAGAGACUCAACACCAAACUGGAUGGCAUUUUGGAGAAGUUGCAAGGAAAUGAAUAUGGACAAAUGCAUCGUUAAAUUGCUCAAAAGUUUCAUCUGGAAAUGUGGAGUGAGUGGUGCACUCAGCACUCAUUCUCUUCAGUGUUCCUGCUAAUAAUUUGCUUUUAUAAAUGCUUGAACAUUACUGGAUACAUAGUAUGAGCAUCUUCUGAAAACCAGUGUCCUUUUUCCAAGCUAGUAAACUCUUUAUUAAGAGCAACUCUUGGUGUCUCUGUGCUACAACUGUGAAAUGUUUGGAAGGAAAGAGAGUAAAAAGUUUAGUGUCUCUUUCUUUAUCUACUAAUGGAGCCAUUUAAUUUUUAAAUGUUUAUAUUAGUAAGAUAAACAUCUUCACCAUGGAGACUUUAGAUCUGUUUUCUCUUGAUAGUAUUUAUAAUAUGAACCAGUUUAGUUACUGAGAAUGCAAAUUAUACAUGAAGAGACUCAUAUAGUUACAUUGAAAUGAAUAUAAUUGAGAAUUUUUUAAAUAUUUUAGGCUUUUGCGUAUUAUUGAAGUGAUGAAACGAUUGCAAUAUGCAUGUCUAAAAGUGGAUUACAAGAUCAAGCGACUAUCACAUGCCACUUUCAAUCAUUCAGGUCUUAGAAAUGUAGACGUGAACAGCAUUAGUAUGAAUUUAGGGUUUUAAGCUUUUAAAAAUGACAAAAUCUACAAAUCUAUUUUGAUCAAUUUGCCUUAUUAAGAAAAUUGUGUAUUUAUAAAGUUUCUGUAACAAGCAAUAAAAUUUAAUGUUGCCUUUGAAAUGUCAGUGAGAAGC